AUGAGGAGGAUUAGAGCAGAUUACAGUUUAUAAAAGAGCAGAAGAAGAAGAAGGAGAGAGCACCAGGACCAGGACAGGACCAGAGACACCCCAGGACCAAACUGGACCAAGUGGACUGGGACCAAUAUUGGAUCAGAAUCUAACUGGUUUGAGCAAGGAGGUGGAGGUGGAGCUGGAGGGUUAAAGUAGGCUGAACUGGGCUGAAGUGGUCUGUACUGGUCCUGACUGGUGUAGGAACCGGAAGUGGUGUGGAUGGACGGUUUCCAGGCGUACGGGGCAGGGAAGGCGGGUGGAGCUUUUGACCCACUGACCUUCUUAAGACAGCCUCAGACUGUUGUCGGGGUCCUCUGCUGGCUCUUCUCCAUAGUGAUCCUUGGCUGUGUCGCUAAUGAGGGUUAUGUUAACCGGCCCAACGAGGUCGAAGAGUUCUGCAUCUUCAACCGCAACCAGAUCGCCUGUAACUACGCUGUCUCCAUGGGAACGCUGUGUUUCCUCUGCUGUACCACCUUCCUGGCACUGGACGUGUACUUCCCUCAGAUCAGCGGCGUGAAGGACAGGAAGAAGGCGGUCAUGGCCGACAUCGGGGUGUCAGCGCUCUGGUCUCUGGUCUGGUUCGUUGGUUUCUGUUUUCUGGCCAAUCAGUGGCAGGUUUCUAAAGAGGACGACAACCCGCUGAACGAAGGAGCCGAUGCCGCCAGAGCCACCAUCCUCUUCUGCUUCUUCUCCGUCUUCACCUGGGGAGGUCUCACUCUGCUGUCGUUGGAGCGUCUGAAGAGAGUCUCAUUUGAAGAAGAAUACAACAAACUUUUCAGCCCACCUCUCGCCUGACACGCACACACGUUAAUGUCGCCUCUGUCCCCUCUGUCCCUCAGCCAAUCACAGACAAAUCCUUUUUUGCUUCCUGUCUCAUCAUCAGCUCAGUCUGAACUCUGAUUGGCUGCUAUGAGUGCCUGUCUUCACAAGUGCCUUCCUGUUGCCAUGGUGACAAGGUUGUUCUUUUCUUUCUCAGAUGUGUUGCAGCUGAUCCAUAAAUGUUUAUGUUGUUGAUGUUAUUGUUAUAAUUAGAAUAACAUUACUGAAGUCACAAUGUGUAAGAUGAUGUCAUCAUACAUGCCGAUUGAUGACAAUGAUGUAAUGAUGAUGUGUGAUGAGCUGUCAGACAUUAAAGUUGUAAAUGAAGGCCGACCUGUAUACGCACAUGCAGACCGACCUGUAUACGUAGACCGACCUCUAUACGCAGACUAACCUGUAUAUGCAGACCGACCUGUUUACUCACACGUAGACCGACCUGUAUAUGCACACAUAGACCAACCUGUAUACAACAUGUAGACCCACCUGUAUAUGCAGACCCACCUGUAUACACACACGUAGACCCACCUGUGUACGCACACGUAGACUGACCUGUAUACGCACACGUAGACCGACCUGUAUACGCACACGUAGACUGACCUGUAUACGCACACGUAGACCGACCUGUAUACGCACAUGCAGACUGACCUGUAUACUUAGACCGACCUGUAUACUUAGACCAACCUGUAUAUGUAGACCAACCUGUAUACGCAAAUGCAGACAGACCUGUACUCAAUAAAUAAAAACACUUUGAUAUUAUAUAUAUAAGUUGAUAUUUAAAUAUUUGAACUUUUCUGGGCACACGUAAUAAUUGUUUCCCAGAUUUUGAGCUUUAAUGUGUUUAAAUGUGUCAGUGAGCACACCUCAUUCUUGUCUGACAGGUGAAUCACAUCCAGGUGUGUUUGGACUUUUACGUUCAUCACACACUGGAUGUUAGGUUUGUUUAAUUUGUUUCUGAUAAAACUGAUCGAUCCGACAGAUUUAUUAAAUAUGAAUUUCACGAGGCUCAUUGUUCGUCUGCUUCAUGAGAACAAGAGUGAAUAAAGAGUGUAAAUUUUGUGUUAGUAAUGAUGAAAAGUCUUUGAAAAAACAAAUAAACUUUAUUCUGACUCAGAUCAAUGAAACCAUUCAUAAAUACAUAAAUAAAAUGAAUACCCGUCCUUUAACUGAUGGAGAGAACAAUGUUAUUCUUCUUCAUCAGGUGAUGUUUGAUGACUUCAGUGUUAAUAAAGUUCUCUGAUUUGACGGCCGGUGUGUGUGUGUGUGUGUGUGUGUGUGUGUGUGU